AUGGCUUUGUCAAGAAACCCCACCAAUCCAAAUUCUCAGCGCCUGCCUCCCCCAGCUCUUUUCCAAGGUCCACCAUCACACAAUGGCUCUAAUAUCUCGUUACCCGUACCGCCCGCAGCCUCAACGUUGGCAACUGCUCCCGGCAGCCAACUUCCACCCCUGCAUCGGAACCGGUCACCUCGUGGAGCCGAGGGCGAAAGUCUCGAGAAGGCGAGCUUUUUAUCACCCUUUGAAUCACGUCGUACGUCCAAAAAUGAUGUAGAUGGGUCCGAUGCCAUCUGGCAGGAGAUGCAGAGCGCCCUAUCAGAAGUGGAACUUAGCGCUGUGACAAGCGAGAAUGUCUUCGGCGCAAAACACUCUGAAGCAUUGGAAGAUCUACGCUUGAAACAGUUGAAGCUCGCACAAGCCUGGGCUCGUAGUGAGGCAGAUGAUGAAGUUGUGAACCCUGGCCACAGCGGUGCCGAUGAAGCCAGCGGAAAAGCCAGCUCGGCGCGGCAAGGUGUUGAAGAAUCGAAGACUCAAUAUGACACAGCAACGGAAACUAGCGCAGGUCGCGGCUCGGCAUCGCAUCGCACGUUGGAUGACGAGACCGAAAAAGACAUUCAUCUUGCGCGAAAGCGCCGCGAGGCUAAUGACCGGUACUUUGAUCGGGUCAACCAGGGCGUUUUGGAUGUCGUUGCUAAACUGGAGGAAGUGGCUCAGGCUAUGCGCGCUGUCGAGCGGGAAAGUAAGGAUAUUUGGAGUGAUUCAGAGAGUGUCACGACAACUGCGCCGUCAUCGUCAACUCACACGACUUGA